AUGGAUAACAACGAACUUCUUCAAGAAUCUUUUGAUUAUGAUCAUUUUUUUGGUGAAAAUACCGAUGAAUAUCAUACAAUGACCUGUUUGGAAACAACGAAUGAAAAUCUUCUCGAUCUCAACAAUAAUAAUGAGACCCAAAUGAAGAAUCGAACUACAGAUGUUUUCUUUUAUGACGACGAUUACCGCAAUAUUUUAAUGGGUACAACUGUAAAUGAAUAUUUCAGCUCCGGGGUUAAUAUAAUCAAUGGUCAAGUUAUUAAAACUGAAAAUGUAACACAAUAUUUCAAUGGAAAUACAAAUCAAUAUAAUACUAAUAAUAAUAAUCAGCAACAACAAUCGGUCGCUUUUGACAAUGUGAUUUAUAAUACGACGCUCGUUCCUAAUCCACCGAUUUAUAAUAUACAGCCAGUAAAUGUUCAAACAAUUGAGAAACCUGCUGUUGCCUCGCCACCUCCACCGCCUAGAGUGUAUAAACCGUGUGUAGUUUGUGGAGACAAGAGCUCCGGAUAUCAUUACGGCGUAUCAAGUUGUGAAGGUUGCAAAGGUUUCUUCCGACGUAGUGUUCAGAAAAACAUGGCGUAUCAGUGUCAUAAAGAUCAGAAUUGUGAAAUCAAUAAAAUGACACGAAACCGUUGUCAGUACUGUCGUUUUCAAAAGUGUUUCGCUGUUGGGAUGAGCAAAGAAGAAUUGCGAAUACUAAACCAUGCAAAGAAACUGUUGAAUCCCACUGAUGCCAAAGCAACGAAUAACCGCCAGAAGAAACGGGUCUCUAUUCAAUCAAUUCCGUCGACUGAAUCAUUACCGGUGGUUGUUGAACCUAAAGUCUCACCUGUUGAUAGUGAAAAAUUGAUUCAUAUCUGUGUCAACUUACACAAGUCGACAUUCAAUUUCAAACCAUCUCAAGAACUCGAUGAAAAGCCAGAUAUUCGCUGGCAGAAAACAGAUGAAUUUAGUCAAAAAGGUAUCAUGCAAUGCAUUCAAUUUUGCAUGCAAAUGCCUGGCAAUGAUGAAUUAUCGAUUCAAGAACGUGCACAUUUACUUAAAUUAGGUGUUCAUGGUGUAGCCUUACUUCGUCUCGCCUAUCGUUAUGAACCUGAAGAAGAUAAAUUAUAUUUAUCCAACGGUAUAACACUUGAUGAGAACACUCUUAUGACCCAAGGUUUUGGUUGUUAUGGUCAUACAUUCUUUCAAUUUUGUCGAAUAUUCAGUCGAUUAGAAUUGACUGUUGAAGAAUUCGUUCUUCUUUGUUGUAUCGUAUUUUUUAGCCAUGAUCGAAUUGAAGGCGAAGCAACAAGAAAUAAAGUCGAACAAAUCCAAACGCGAUAUUGUGAAGCAGAAAGGUCAUACAUCGCGAAAAAUCGUUCCAAUGAUCAAAUGCAGUUUUCGAAACUACUCCUCUUGCUUUCGAAAUUACGAGCUUUAGAUGCUUUAAUCGCUGAACGUCUUCUUUGCUUGCAAAUGAACACUGAUGGACAAGUACAAAAAUGCAUUUUCGAAGUACUUCAUCGAGAAGCAACGAACAUUGUCGUGGACAUGGAAAUCGAUUAUCUUGAUGCCAUCGAUACCAAACCCGAUUAUACUUGGCUUGAUUAUCCAUCGAAUUCUUCUUCCAUCGCAUCACAAGCGGUCACAAACAAUAAUUAA